AUGGGACUGACGACUAUAGCAGGUGGCGUGGCCGUUAUAUCAGCUGUGACGAUUGUAGUUUCGCUCGUAAGCGUUGUGUACAUCCUCAACGACAUCAACGCCUUUUACGACGAGGCAAUUCAUGAACUAGGAGAUUUCCAGGAUCUCGCGAACUCCGCCUGGCACGAGAUGAGAACCGACCCUCAAAUGGAACGUCACAGACGAGCAGCAGUUUUAUUCCGCAGAGAGUCCUACAGCUCGGGUGGAGGUGGUGGAGGUGGAUGCAACUGUGGUCAACAGCCAAAUAAUUGCCCAGCCGGACCACCUGGUCCUCCUGGACAACCCGGACUGCCUGGUGAGCCUGGAGCACCGGGACAACCUGGCAAACCUGGAAACGACGGAAAUUCCAACGGAGGCAACGGGGGUGAAUGCAUCCAAUGUCCAGUUGGACCACCUGGACCACCAGGACCAGAUGGAAGCGCAGGCCCACCUGGACCUAACGGAAACCCCGGAGCCCCUGGAGGUGGAAGUGGACCAUCACCUCCUGGACCUCCUGGACCACCAGGAGACGCCGGACAACCUGGAAGUCCUGGACAACCUGGAGCUCCUGGUCAGCCUGGAGCACCUGGAACCAGAGGAACAGGAUUGCCCGGACCCCCUGGCCCUCCCGGACAACCAGGAACACCAGGACAGCCAGGACCAGACGGAAAUGGUGGCGGAGCUAGCGCUCCUGGACCACCAGGGCCACCUGGUCCAAGUGGUAAUCCAGGGCAGCCUGGACCCGCUGGUCCACCUGGUCCUCCUGGUGAGGAUGCUCCUCCUGGUGAAGAUGCAGAAUACUGUCCAUGCCCCGCACGGAAUGGAAGCGGAGGUGUGAAUAGCGGAAGCAGCGUUGCAGACAAUGGAGGACCAGCUGGAGGCAACAGUGGAACUGGCGGCAGUGGACCUUCCGGGUAUGCCAGAAGGAGGGCUAGCCGUCGCUUUGUCGCCAAGAAGCGUGCCGUGAGGAGAAAGGCCGUCAGAGCAUAA